AUGUCGGACUCCAAAGAGCAGAGCCUCGAUGAGAAUGCAGUGUUCCUGCCAGUGAAUGAGUCCUCCCCGGAGUUCCUCCACUGUGAGAAGGAGCGAGAAGCAGUAGAGAGACUCCUAAUUGCAGGAACAGAGGCCUUCUACAGCUCCACCGGCACGGAGCGCUCUGGCUGCUUCCUGUCUUCUGAGGAGGUCGGCCAGAUAACCAGCUGGGCUCAGGACUAUCACUUUACCCCGCUACAGGUGCAAAGUCAGGAGAAUGGAGAGGAAGGCAGCUCGGAGAUGGAGGACUUGUGUUCCACCUACUUCCCUUCCGACUCAGACACACCGGCCCCAAACUUGGAGCUGGGCUGGCCUGAAAGAGGCCCCUGGGUGUCAAAGGCAAGCGUUACAGUCCACACCAGCCCUCCUGCUGACGGAGAACCUCCAGUCAGACAGAUCAUCAGACAGCACUUGCAAAGGGCUGGCCAAGUAAUUGCCAUUGUGACAGACAGAUUGACGGAUGGUGCAAUAAUUGGCGAUUUACACAGUGCUGCCUCACGGGGUGUCCCGGUCUACAUUAUCCUGAACCAAAGGUCCAUUCAAGAGAACUUCACGCUCAACAGGCUCAGGCAUCCGAACAUGCAGGUCCGGGUUCUUGGAGGGAAAACCUUCUGUUCAAGGACAGGAAGAAAUGUGAUCGGGGAAAUGAAAGACAAGUUCCUUCUGGUGGAUUUGGAGACAGUGAUUCAUGGCAGCUACAGCCUCACGUGGACAGAUGCCCACCUGCACCGGCAGCUGAUCACUGUUCUGAACGGCCCAGUUGUUGAAUCAUUUGACAGGGAGUUCAGGAUCCUUUUUGCUGCUUCGCUCCCCGUCCCAGACACAUGGAGGGCCACAGGUACUCAUGCAAAUGUGCCUCAUCAGCUCAAAGACCGCUCAGAUCUUGGGUUUAAAAGACUUCACCAUCUGGAUCCGGAGAUUACCAACCCUCCAUCCCUACCUGCUGAUUACCUCCUGGACUGGGAAGCCAUGGGGGUUAUCCAGAGUAACCUCUCCAUCCCGGGCAGUCCUCUUGAUCAGCAUGAGGAAAACAUGGCCAAGGAAAUACCACUGCAGAGCCAAAUGCUGUUUAUGAAAAAGACACCCAUUCUGGGGGCUUUCAAUAGCAGUGGAAACCAGUUUGUGGAAAAGAAAAGGUACUUGGAUCAUCUUGACUUACAGAAACCUAUAAUCCUGAGGAUGCCGCAGUCUGAGAGUUUCAGCUCUCUAAGUGACAUAAUGAAGAGGAUUCAGCCUCGGCAGAGCACUUCAGCAUCAAACGUCGCUGUGUCAGAAGUGAGCCAGUCCAUGAUGGACCUGAGCGUACACAAGAAAGAUGAUGACAGAGUCCCAGUGCCAAGGUUCAAAGCCAGUUGCUUGGACCUGGAACAAAUGACACCAGCUCUUGCCCUGAUGAGGAAGAGGAACGAAGAGUUGAAACUAUCAUUGCACAGAACUCCAAAAAACUUUCUGCCCAGAGAGAGGCCUCGCAGCUCCAGUUAUGGACUCUGGAGGAGGUCACUGGCAGAGACGAACGGAGAACAGGAAUGA